UGUUGUAACUUUGCAAGCGCAUGCAUUAUCGUAUUGCAGAAUAUGCAAAUCAGUUUACAAGACGCGCGCUGUAAUUUGAAACCUAUUCCCCGCACUAUAUACGUAGUGACAUCUGGGCGUUGAGAAAACCGCAUAAUCCCAUGUCAACAACUCAUAAUCCACCGUCAAGACAGAUCAAACAAGCACACAAUCAGCACUGUGUUCAAAAUGUUUUGCAAAGGAAUUAAGCUCGCGUUUUUGAUCGUUAUGGGUCUGAUCGUUUUGACUGGGGCUGAAAUCGAAAUCGAACUAACACAACUUGAACCGACGCGGAGAAUUCACGUUUUCAAAGGCGAUGUUGUCAAGUUAAAGUGCGUCUCCAGUGACAGCAAAGGGAACCCAAUCAGUGUUUCUUGGCAUUAUCAGAACAGCAAUACACCGGCUAUCACAAACUCUACAAAUAACACAGAUAUCGACACGUGGAAAAAAGACAACAAGACGAUAAGUAUCUUCACACACAGAGUGUACGAAAGACCAAAUAAACUGUGGUACAUCUAUUGCAAGGCAAAAUCAAAAAGCGACUCAAAAAACAAAAACAGAGCGUUGAAAUACGUGCCAGACAAGGAUAUUCCUAGGAUAACUGUCAGUAUCCCACAGACACAAGCCGUUGUAAAUGGAACACACCGUCAUGUGUUACGAUGUAAUGUUUCCAGCAACGUUGAGAUAACAAAACUUUCAAUAAAAUGGCUGUUUGAUGGAAAGACGUUAUCGGAGAAAUCGAUUGAAGAUGUUAAAUACGGGGAACAUUAUUUGUUACUGCAAUGUCUGACCAAAAAGGAUCUUGGGAACUAUACAUGUGUCGCUAAUACAACGGAGUAUAGCUUGGAUUGGAGCGACUCAAGUGUGACGUUGUUAACAGGAGAAUUUACAGUGAGCGGCGGCUUGAAAAAUUCUGCUUGGAGGAGUUUGUAUUUGGUCGCAUUUGUCUUAACGUCACUUUGGUGGAGGACUUUCUUGUGAUGAAAUAUACAAACGUUGUUCAGAAAUUUAAAUUGCCGUGAUUAAAAGAAUGUACGCCAUGGUUGGACAUACAUAAUUAGCUAUAGGAUUAUGCCUAAGGUAGAUUCCUCAUGAAACUGAACUGUUAAGAAAUAAUUUGAUAGUAUAGAGCGAUAUUUAUACAGGAAACCAGUCGCGUGUACUUGGGGUAAUCGAACUAAAGAUUGUACAGAUCAAGUAUAAAUUAUUAAUUGUAAAUAAAUUAUAGUAAUAUAGUAAUAGAUCAUGGCCGCCAUU